AUGACCAAAUCAACAUCUAGUCAAAAUUCAUCGCUUUCUCAGAUUUUGGAGAGGUCCAGGCUUUUGGCUAGUCAAGUCAAUCCUCAGGAAUUAGCCCCAUUGGAACGUGGCUUAAGUCAAAUCGCAACACAAUCACAAACCCUCAAAGCAAAUAGCGCACCUUCAGGAAAUGGUCUUGAUAUUAAAGCUCAUUACUUUCUGGCUCAGGCAGGAGUUAACACACAAGUGCUGACUCGCGAAUUAGGCACGAUCUACCUUGGUGAACCUACUGAAUAUCGACAACCUAUUAAAGAUACCGAUGUCGAAGGUUAUUUUAAACAGAAGCGUACACAGACAAUUGUCGAUUUGAUGGAAAGUGAAAAACAAGAGAUUCUUCAAGAUAUGGAUAAUGAAUUUGAUAGCGAGAUUAGAGAAACUUGGGAUGAUAUCCGGGUCCGUUUGUGUGGGACUGAAGGACAAGAUGGCACAGAUACUAUUGAUUCUGCUUCAGCGACCAUGUUAAAGUCGAGACUAAAUGUCCUUCAAACCAACCGUUUCCAAAUGGAUUAA